UUGACGAAAAUAUUUUCGUCAAAUGUUUUCGUCAGCGGCCGUUUUUAGUGACGAAAAGUUAACGAAAAUUAAGUUAUCAUUAAGUCAAUUGACGAAAAAUAUGACGAAAAUCAAUUCCAAUUUUCGUCAUUGGACGAAACCGAAACGAAAAUGUGAGGGUCUGAGGGAGGGACGUCACCUGAACCUCCGCUUUUUAGUUUCCUCUGAGCUCCACCCACCGCUGUCUGUUAGAGUGAGAUGCACGCAGCCACGCAUGGGAGUCUGGGAGAGAGAGUGAGAGACGCAGGCGCAGCUGCAGGAUCCCUCUGUUUGCCUAAGGGAGUCGGGACUUCUGGAACAACGCCCUGCAGUGCAACUGAGUGCAAACCACAGAAGAGAAGAGGAAGAGUUGGAAUUGGAAUUCCUCCAUGUCUGGAGAGUGGAAAUUGAAUGUGACGUGUCACCAACAGGUAGCAUACACUGCUGCACAAACUGUACAGAUACAGAUGACACUAGUCACAGAAAUGUUAGUGUCUGGGAGAAAGAGAAGAGAAGAUCUAUGGAUGCAUUUUACAUUUGAUGCUAAGGAGAACAAGACCCUUUGCAAACCAUGUGGAGUGGCAAUCACUGGUAAAAAUACAACAAACUUGAAGCGUCAUUUGCAGAUGAGUCAUCCCGAAAUUCAUACAAAGAUACAGAAAACAUCCAAUGAUGGGCCAAGUCAAGCCAGUGCACCACAGCAAAAUAUUUACACAGCUCUUGUAAGUGCUUCAAAAUACAAAAUUGACUCUAAGGAACAACAGGCCAGGGAGGAUGCCAUAGCAAAAUGGAUUGGGCGCACUGGAUUACCAGUCAGAACGAUUGAAGAUGAGGACUUUGUUAACAUGAUGGCGACCGUAGAUAGGAGACUGAGUGUUCCAAAGAAAACUAAAAUAAAUAAUCUGAUUGACAAACAUUAUGAAGAUGAAAAACAAAAAUUCAAAAAGAGACUGGCUGCUGCCCGGAGAGUAUCUAUUUGCACUGAUUUGUGGACAAAAAAAGGACUAACAGCUUCAUUCCUUGGUAUAAGUGCGUGCUACUUUUGUGUUGACCAAAAUAAAGCUGAUCACAUAUUGUUGGCCCUUGAACAAGUAGCACACCCACACACUGCACAGUCAAUCAAAUCAUGUGUGGACAAAUGCUUGCAAGAGUGGGACAUACCAAAGAAGAAGAUCCUUACAGUGAUAACAGACAAUGGGAGUAAUAUGGUGGCAGCAUUUAAACACACCACAGCAGCAGCAGAAGAACCACCCAGCUUUAGUGAGGAAGACUCCCCCAUAACGGAAAGUGACUCUGAGUCGUCUGAGUCUGAAAUUGAUGAUUUGCGGUGAGCCAUUUUUAUUAUUUUUUCAAUCUUUUUCAUGAUGACAGUCAAUUUUAACAUGGA